AUGACUGGUUUCGACAGCUACGAUACCCUCGAGAAUCACCAAUCAAGUGUUCUGGAGAUUCCGCAGCUUGGCCGUUCUGGUUUGGAGCAUGGCAUCCAGUAUAUGCUGCGAUCUGUCGAAAAAAUUCCUGAUGGUACGGGGAACACAACGUGGGAUAUUCGUCAGAUGGCUGUUUAUCACAAGUUCGAUUUCAUACAUGGAAAGGCAUUUUGGCUGAACAUCAAGACCGAUAAUAGCAUGUCUAGAAGGAUUAAAGAGGCAAUGGCAGAAGAUCCGAUCAUUAAUUCCGCGUUGAGUAAGGACAUAUCCGGCUCCUUUGCUGCAACACUGCGCACGCAUCUUGUCCAUCUUGAAUGGUGUGACAAGUCUUCGAGAGAGUACAUCUACGACAUACAUGGCGAGAUCCGGAAGACGUUGAAGGGUUUCAAGGAGGCUCAAACUGGCAAAAAAUACGAUAUUCACUCUUCGUCGCCAGUAGAGCACGUUGGGAGUGGGAUGCAGCCCAAGACUAUCGAAACCAAUGGUCUACGGCACUCGUUUUCCCGCCGACUGACUGAGGAGAUCGAGGACCUUACAGACCUCGAUAGAUUGCCGUUCAGAGAAUCUGAGAAGCUCGACUCCUACUUUGAGCAACUAGAGACUUUUUCACUGGUGCUACAACUCCACAGGCAGACUUUGCGCGACAUCGCAGAUCAUUACGAAAGCUUGGCUGCGCGCGAUAGUCUGCCGAGCGAGAUGGUCACAAGGUCCUUCUACAGCGACUUGGACUCAUUUUCCUACCGGAUAGGUCGCAUCCAAAAGAACUUGGAAGUCUGUGUAACUCAAGUCAAGUUCCUGAUGUCUUGGCUGCGAAAGGAAAGGGAGCUGGUAGGACUGUUCAUUUCUGUCAAUGAACGCACAGUGCUGACUCCAACUUGUCUUCCAGUUUGA